UAUCCCAUCCACCCGACUCGCCGCCGCACUCCCACCAAAUCCCCUCGGGAUCCAUCCCCAACCUACCAGGCUCCUCCUUCCAUGGGAUCAUGCCCGAUCCAAUCCAGCCACACCGAACCAUCCAUCUCCUCCAUCCAAUGAAGCCAACCCAUCACUGCAGUCUCCUACUCCUCCUGCCGAGCUACCACGUCCGCAGCGACGCCAUGCCCGAGCCCCGCUGCCUCCUCUGCUUCCUGAGCGCCACCGCAGGAAUAGAUGCAGGCCCCUUCCUUGUCCCCUUAUUCCGCCAAGCCACCCGAGCGCGUCGCCUCACCGACCCGACUGUCGCUCCCUUCGGCGGCCUCGCUCGUCAGCGUCCACACCACCAGAAGGAGCCUCACGACGACACCAUGGAUGGCUGCGGCCCGAGCUCGCGUCCGUCACUACAACAGAGUCACCACCGGAGCGCGAUCGCCCUUCCACCGCCGUCGAGCGCCACUGCAGGAGGCAAGCUCCACGCCAUGGCCUCCCCUGCUCGCCAUUGCCACAGCUCGCCCCGCUGUCCAGAUCAGGCCGGGAACCGCCUCCCCGCCGCCCUCUCGUCCGGACCCUGCCACCGUCAGAUCUCCGGAGCGCAACGCCAGGGACCUCCCCAUCGCGCCAAGUUCCUACGCCCGCGGCCCCCUGCCUUGACCGCCUCCUGUUCGUCAGGAGAUGAUGAGCGCCUCGAGCUUUGCCUGCCUCGUCUCCAUCCAUCGCCGGUUGCCUCCCCGACCCGCCGCUUCUCGCGCCCUGCCUCACGCCUGAGCGUCACGAGCGAGCGCGGGCUCCUGUGCCUUCCGCGUCGUCCCGACCUCCUCCAACCGUCGCCCUCUGCUUCGAGAUGCCGUCCGUGCCUCGAUGUCCUCCAAGACCGGCCGGAUCCAUCUUCUCGCGCUUGGGCCUGCCCGUCCGCUCCAUCCCGCCGCUCGCCGGAGACCCAGGCGUCCCUGUGGUCGCCGUUGACUGCGUGCGAGCUCGACCCUUGCCUUCUGUCGCGUCCUCAUUCGAGUGCUCGAGCACCGCCCCGCGUUGGCCGUUCGAGUGCCAGCAUGGACAAGUGCCGCGUCGCCCAUGCGAGCCCUACUCUGCUUCGCCGUGGGCCGCCAGAUCCGCCCCGCUGGACCUCCUCUCCGACGCUGGGCCUUAGCCCAUGGAUUCAUUUUGUUCUGGAGUUUUGAGGAUUCGUUCGACUACGGCCGUUUAUCUUCUUCAUGGAAUCGUUCUUCUUCUUUGCGGGAUCUCAGGCAAGAUGACCAUACCCUUGAAAUCAC